AUGUCAUUCUUUGGCAUCCUCGGCCGAAGUAGAAAGGACGAGCUAGUUACUGCAGUGCUUGAAAUGGCGACUGCCGCCGGCCUGAGCCUAGUUCCUUCAAGCUGCCGUAACCCUGGAAAAACUACGACAUUUGGUGUUGGCCAGCUUAUUCUUGCUGCGCUAGACGCUGGAGCAAGCCGUAUUCUUGUUGGAUGCGGUGACUCUGGUACUUGCGAUGGCGGUGCAGGGAUGCUUCAGGCCCUUGGCGCAAAAUUGUUUGACAACAAUGGGCGUCUCCUCCCAAUCGCCCAAGGCGGCGAAUCUCUUUUGGCGCUUGACUCGAUUGACCUAUCUGGGGUAGCCAAUCGCAUCUUCAAAGCCAAAAUCGACGUUGCCGUAAAUUGGCACAACGUUCUCUGCGGACCUGAGGGGGUGGCAAAUGUGUUUGGCCCCCAGAAAGGAUCUACUCCCGAACAAGCCGCCCGCCUUAGCCUUUCCAUGGAACGAUUGGCAAAGGUCGCUACGGGACUCCUUUGCAAUAAGCAGGUACGACUGGCUCCAGGAGGCGGCGCUUCAGGGGGGCUUGGAACGGGAUUACGUUUGGUCGGGGCUACGCUGAAGCCUAGAUAUGAGAUUGUCAUGCAGUACAUCAACUUGCAUAGCAUCUUCAACGACUGUGAUCUUGUAAUUACAGCAGAAGGUGGUAUAGAUGAUCAGACACCCAGAGGCAAAAUUCCCGCCGAAGUGGCGAGGCUUGCAAAGAAGCAUGGGCUGCCUGUCAUUGCCAUCGCUGGGACAAUUGGUCAGGGAGCUAGAGUAAAUUAUGACAUCGGCAUCGACGCUUUUACUUGUAUUAUUCAGAGGCCCAUGUCUCUAGACGAUGCGGUCCACGAAGCGGAGAGGCUGACCCGGGAGAGUGCGGAGACGGUCAUGAGGAUUGUGGUGGUUGGGAGGAUGCUGGGUAAAGCCAUUUGA